AUGAACGCCGUCCUCUCCAGGGACAGCCAGGUGAGGGCCAUGGAGAACACGGUGACGAAUGCUGAAAGGUAUUUUGGUCAGUUCUGCUCACUGCUGGCCUCCUACACACGAAAGACGGCCCGGCUGCGUGACAAGGCUGACCAGCUGGUGAAGCAGCUGAUAGACUUCGCCAACACAGAGAACCCCGAGCUGCGGGCCACCAUUCGAGACUUCGCCGAGGAUCUGGCCAAGGUGCAGGAUUAUCGGCAGGCAGAGGUCGAGAGGCUGGAGGCCAAGGUCGUCAGCCCCCUAAAGCUCUACGGUGCCCAAAUAAAGCAGACCCGGGCAGAUAUCAAGAAAUGUAAACGUGUCCAGAAUAAUGAGAUUAAACAACUGGAAAAGCUGGAGAAAUUGAGGCAGAAGUCACCCUCAGAUCGACAAAUGAUUAGCCAGGCGGAGACCAGUGCACAGAGGGCCUCGGUGGACACAAACCGUUCUACCCACCACCUGGCAGAGACCGUGGAUGCCUUCCAGGAGCAAAAGCUGAAGGAUCUCCGGAGAAUCUUCUCUGACUUUGUGACCAUCGAGAUGGUUUUCCACGCAAAGGCAGUGGAGGUGUAUUCCAGUGCUUUCCAGACGCUGGAGAACUACGACUUGGAGAGAGACCUGCAGGACUUCAGAGCCAAGAUGCGUGGAAUUUAUGGGCACAGCGAAGCUCGGCCGCUCACAGAUACCAACCCUGCUCCAUCUGUCCCCUGGCCUCUGGCCAGCCAGAGCGUUCAGAGCACCACGGCACGUCAGGGGAAGGAGACUGGAGACGAAGAGGAGAGUGAGGCUGACUCCGUGGAGGAGAUCCCCCUGGAGGACCUCAAGGGACAGCAGCAAGGACACCGAGACUAG